AUGGGAACCAGCCUGCUGAACCUUCUCCUCAUGGAGGUGGCGGCCAUCGUGAGCAUCAUCCUCCUGUCCCUCCUCGUCGUGCUCAGCUCCUACCGCCGCCGCGCCGGCCACCCCGCCCUCCGCCUCUUCGUGUGGGCCGCGUCCACGCUCUUCCUCCCGCUCGUCUCCUACGCGGUCUCCGCGGCCGCCAAGUGGGACGCCGCGCGCGUGCCCCUCCUCCUCGCCUGGACCGUCUUCCUCCAGAUCCUGCGCAACACCAUCGACACCGCCCGGUGCUCCUCCCUCACCAUCGACAGCAACGCCUCCGGCGGCAGCAAGUUCCGCCCCUCCGUCGAGCAGCUGGCGCGGAUGGGCUGGGUGGCGUUCCUCAUCAUCAGCAGCGGCGGAGAGGCCGGGAGCCCGCAGCUCACCGGCGUGCUCCUUUGGCUGUGGGUGCUCAGCCUCGUCAAGCUCAUCCACCGGCUCGUCGCCGCGGAGCUCGCCAAGAACUCGUUCGCCGUCGGCCUCAACGCUUACCUCAUCUCCGACUACAUGAAGCAACUCCAUUGCCGAGAGCAAGAUCAUCCAGGAGAAGACAGCACGCAAGACGGCGUGCCGCCUUACCUGGUGAUGGGCGAGGAGAAGCUGCACAUCGAGGCCAGGCCGCAUGGGUACCAAAUUGGCAGGACGUCUCAGGCGCCGUCGUUGUCCGCCGAUGCCGGGCACGUGGUCACCAUGGACCGGAUAUGGCGGCUUUAUUCCGCCGGAGACUCGCUCCUCGCGGCUUAUCCGCACACCAAGGAUCUCUGCCUGUCCUUCUCCCUGUUCAAGCUGCAGCUCCGGAGGUUCCUCGGGUGCCCCCUCGCGGAGGUGGGCUCUCGCCGAGCUCUCGCAUUCGUCCACGAUGGCCUCCUCGCCGGGAGCCCGGAGAGAGCAUUCGGGGUGAUCGAGACCGAGCUGGCCUUCCUCGCCGACUUACUCUACUCCAAGCUCACCUCCUUCUACGCGAGCGGGUGGUGGUUCCCGGUGCUCAACUCCAUCCUCGUCCUCGCCACGUGGGUCAGCUGCCUCGCGGCCGGCGGCGCCAUCGUGCACGACAUGACCAACCAAGGCACGGCGCUCGCCGUGGACUACGGCGUGCUCCGGGACUACCUGCAACGCCACGACACCGUGUUUCACGCCAUCGUCGGCCUCGACGUGCUCGUCACCGUAUCCUUCAUCGUCGCCAUCGUCUUCACCGAAGGGUGGGAGAUCGCCAACUACGUCCGCUCCGACUGGAUCAAGGUGGCCACCAUCUGCGAGUACGCGCGCCGCCCGUCCUGGCGCAGGUCGCGGUGGACGCGCGGCAAGCUCGGCCGCGUCCUCCGGUUCACGGCCGUCCAGCGCUGGGACGACCGGUUCGGUCAGACGUCCGUCCUGCAGACCCGGGUGUGCUACUGCGGAUGCGUUUCCCGGCAGGUCGACCGGAUCUCCAAGACGUCAGUCCCCGUGCCGCCGUCGGUCAAGGCAGCCAUCGUGACGACGCUGAGGACAAACCACGGAGCACUCGGGAACGGCGUGCUGUCGUUGCAACGGAGCGGCGUCGUCGAUAAGUUUACCUGGGCUUGCCGCGUCGGUGACGGCGGCAGUGGCGAGAGAAGCAUCUCCGAGCAGAUCCUCGUGUGGCAUGUCGCCACGAGUUUGCUCGAGAUCAAGCGCUCGGAGGCAGCGGCUCAUGGCAGCGACAACGACGUCGAGGAUGGCGGAGGCUGCGACGACACGGUGGUCGUGGCCACGCACCUGUCACGGUACUGCGCCUACCUCGUGGCGCUGAAGCCACAGCUCCUGCCGGACCACCCGGCGUGGACGGAGGAGCUCUACGAGGGCGUCGCGGAGGAGGUGGCGAGGGUCCUCGCGCGCUGCGCCGGGCCGUUGGUGCGGUACGAGCGAGCGGCGACGUGCCUCGGCGGGAGUAUGAACGAGACGCUGAGGAAGGCUUCGAAGCUCGCCCGGCAACUGGCCGAGGAGGUCGGCGACGAGGAGGCGGUCUGGAGAAUCCUGGCCGAGUUCUGGGCGGAGCUCAUCGUCUUCCUUGCGCCAUCGGAGAACGUGACGGCGCAUGCCAAGUCGCUCCGCCGUGGUGGUGAGUUCAUCACCGUGCUUUGGGCGUUGCUCGGGCAUGCGGGCAUUGUUUGCCGUCCCGAGAGUGACGUCGAACACUCGCGCUAG